AGGUUACGUCGUGCGCUUUGUUCCAGAUGUGGCAAUUUGGAGAGAGUCCCUAAGCCAUCUCGGCAUCGGACUCUCGCAAUUAGAAUCGUUCAACUCAAAGCCGGAGGAGGAUUUGACUGCGGCGCUGGGGAGUCAACUUUUAAUGUGUGUGGAGUUGCUGACAUAUCUCCACCGUGGGUUCCCGUAGAACCACCACAGUCACCACCUUCAUCUCACCCAUGUUCCCCUGGACUCCAGACUGACGCAGAAACCUGACGUACGAAUCGGUGUGUGAUUUGCUGGUCUCGGAGUGUUGGUCGGAAGAUCGGAGGUAAAAUGGCGGAGGUGCUGCAGAUGAAGACCAACUUCUCCGGUAGUGCCGAGCUCGCCGCCGGCACAGAGGCCAAGGGAGGCGACCCCAACCUGCCGUACUCGGUGGAGACGCCGUACGGCUUCCACCUGGACUUGGACUUUGUGAAGUACGUGGACGACAUUGAGAAGGGCAACACCAUCAAGAAGGUCCACAUCCACCGUCGGCCACGGGGCUGCAGCUACACCGGCUCGUGGUGGACCUCCACCGAGUCCCUCUGCUCCAACGCUAGCGGGGACAGCCGGCACUCCUCCUACUCCUCCUGUGGCCGCGGCAACUACACGCCCGGCUGCGGCGGCGGCUACGGCUACGGUUACGGGCGCGGCCCGCCAGUGCCGCCCACCGCCUACAGCUCCCGGGUGGAGAAGACCCUGCUGGAGACCCGCAGGCGGCUGGAAGAGGAGCCGCUGGCGGGCGGUGACGGGAGGAGACCACGUUACUCCAGCCUCAGCAGCCUGCACGGGUCCACCAGCUCCCUGUCCGGCGUUGGUCAAUCCUGGUCCAGGUUGUCCAACGCCCCCCACAACGGCUCCCAGAGCUCCGCCCAGGGCCAGUUCACCCCCCUGAGCUCCGGGCUGGCCACCCCCUCCACUCCCGGCUCCGGACACCUCCACAACAUCCGUGAGCAGAUGGCAGCCGCCCUGCGCCGUCUACGUGAGUUGGAGGAACAGGUGAAGAUGGUGCCUGUCCUGCAGGUGAAGAUCUCCGUGCUGCAGGAGGAGAAGAGGCAGCUGAGUGUCCAGCUGAAGAGCCAGAAGUUCCUGGGGCACCUGGAUGGUUGGGGGGCACAGAGAGCCAGCAAGCCCAGAGGGGAGCUGUUCAUCGACAUGCCCGAGGAGGAGGACCACCGGCUGGGACAAUCAGAGGGAGGGUCUCUCCUCUCCCCGGCCCUGAGGAAGCUGACCCAGGGGGGUCCGGCCAACAGGACACCCCCCACCCUCAGGAGCGUUGGCAUCUGGGUGAGGGAGACGGACCUGGGCAUCACCCCGUCCAGCCUGCAGAGAGAAGCGGACCACCACCGCCACCUCUCCCAGCUCCUGGCCAGGAAGAUCUCCGGGCUGGAGCGGAGGCUGCGGGAGGCCGGGCUGGAGCUGGAGGGCGCGCAGUGUCCGGGGAGGAAGGAGACGGCGGACAAGGGGGGCCCCUCCCCUGCCCAGGCACCCGAGGGUGAGGGUGGCACGGCCGGGCAGGAAGGGAGGGUUGGGGAGCCACCGUUGCCACCACCCCGGGGUGACUCCUCCACCCCCCGGCCCCGACCCGCCACCGUGACGGGGCCCCCGUACGGCGGAGACGCUGGGACCACCCCGGAGGAGGGGCCCUUUAAGGAGGUGCCGGCCAAGCUGGUGAGCUGCACCAUCGUGACCACCCUGGCCUCCACAUGUGAGGAGCUGCCCUCCAUGAUGACCAGCGCCAUCACCGCGAGGCCCCACCGGCCUGGGCCCAGCCCCGCGCUCCUGCGGCAAGCCGUGCGGCAACUCACGUGUGAUGCCCAUGGGGGCGACGAGGCUGGGGCUCCAGUGCCGCCCCCUCGGGUCCCUGAGGUGCCUCGGGCGGUCUCGGCCUCCGGCGCGGAGACGGUGCACGAACUGGGCGCCUCAAGGCCAGGCCCGGCCCAGCACCAACACCCGUCGGAGGGCAGUCGGCAUCUGGUGAGACUGAGGGAGCCAGACCCAACCUCAGAUGACUCCACAAGGCCAGUUUCGCCACAUGGAGCGCAGCUGAAAUCCAUCAUGAAAAAGAAGGAGAAUGGAGCGGUUCCCGACAGCCCUCCUACGAAGAAGAGCCUGCAGUUCAUCGGGGUCAAUGGCGGGUACGAGUCGACGUCUUCGGAAGAGUCCGGUACUGAGAGUGGGCCGAGUGAGUCGGAGGGGGAGAGUACGGAGAGUGAUUAUCACGAGGCCAGCGAGAGACUGCCGGGGGAGCAGGUGGAGAGAGCAGGGAGCGAGACGCCUGUGGCAGGCUCAGCGCCGGAGACCCAGAGCCCGCCGCCCGUCCCAGCCGAGCCUCCGCGGGAAGCCAGGAGCUCGGGGAAGCCUCCGGAGACGGAGAGCGUGCGGGAAUCAGCGGAGCAGAGCAGGAGCAUGUCUGAAGGAGAGAAGCAAGUGCGGAUUGUCACGGGUGGGGAGCGUGUGAAGGAGGUGGUGGUGGUGCCAGGAGGUGAAACAGAGGCAAGAGUCACGUCGGGGCCAGAAACCAUCGCUCAGCCUGAAAUACUGAGCCCGCAGCAGAAAACAGACAGCUGCACGUUUGAGCUGACGGAGGGCUUGGUCUCGGCAUGUGUAACUCUGCAGAAACACCUGAAUGAUCCAGACGGCUUCACGAACAAAGACGUGAGGGUGAGCUACCUCACGGUGCAGCAGGAGUGGCUGCUGGUGUCCAGCCCCAAGGCAGCAGAUGUGGAGAUGGUGCGGCGAUACCUGGCCGUGUUCAAGGCGAUGUCCCCAAACCUCUUGGAGCUGAUCGUCAACAUGGCCGACGGCAACGGGAACACCACGCUCCACUACACCGUCUCACACUCCAACUUUCCCAUUGUCAAGCUCCUGCUGGACACAGGCGCCUGCAACCUGGACAAGCAGAACAAAGCGGGUUACACCGCCAUCAUGCUGGCAUCGCUCGCUGCCCUGCAAACCGACAGCGACAUGCAGACCGUCAUGCAACUUUUCUGCCAGGGUAACGUCAACGCCAAGGCCAGCCAGGCGGGUCAGACGGCGCUGAUGCUGGCGGUCAGCCACGGCCGCACGGAGAUGGUGAAGGCCCUGCUGGCGUGUGGGGCGGAUGCCAGUGUCCAGGACGACGAUGGCUCGACGGCACUGAUGUGUGCUUGUGAACACGGCCACGGUGAGAUCGUCGCACUACUGCUCGCCACGUCCGCCUGCAACGUAACACUGGCAGACAAUGACGGGAGCACAGCGCUCUCCAUUGCGGUGGAAUCCGGACAGAAAGAUAUCGCUGCCUUGCUCCACAAACAUCUGAAUCAGACAGCGGCUUCAAGCCCCUCCACUGGCACUGCCACCCCCGCCCAGCCUGCCACUCACCCCUGCUCACCUGAAGCCCAGGUGUAAGGGCUACCUGUGGGCCAUCGACCUGCCCGGCCACGGGAUGUGCUCGACGGCUCCCUCGCCUGGCGCUGCCGUGCCACUGCGGCCCUCUGCACCGUUAACCCACGGAGGGCCAGAACGCUGUGAACACACCAGCCCAGGAAGGCCAGACCCGGACCAAAGGGGCGAGCUGAUGCCACGCACUCUCCGGGUACAAUCCUGCUGCAUGAAAGCCCGCCAGACAACCAUCAGCUUUUUAUAUGAAGAAAGUAUAUCAGCUCUGUAAAGGACAUUCGGCCCAUCGAGGCCUCAGACUGGCCGGAUUCAUUCUUAAAAUCGGCGGUUUCCCCUCUCUCUCCUUCCCCCUUUCACAUUCCCUCCCUCCACCUCCAUCUCCCCAACCUCCCUUCCUCCCUUCCUUCCUCCAUUCUCAGUUGGUUUGUCCAUCUUGCCUGGUUUCUCAAGAUGUCCAGAUUCGGAUUUGCCUCUGGUCCAAGGCCUCUCCUCACGCCAGCAGUCAGUCAGAGAAUUCCAGCCAGACCUUCCUGUCCAGAUACAUCAGUCGGCCUGUACUUUUAUCUAUUGUCUAUCGUCUAUUGUCUAUUGCAUUGACUCUCUCUCCCACUCUCCCUCUCUCCCUCUCAGGGGCAAACAAUGGGCCCAGCACCUGUGGAUCCAACACUGAGAUGUACAGGUGGGCCUUAGUGUGGAGUGUAGAGUAACACAGACUCUAAACUUCCCUCUGAUAUCCUCCCUCUGUAGACUCUUAGACAGGGACACAAGAGACUGCAGAUGCUGGAAUCUUGAGCAAAGCAAGAUAAUUUUUUACUAAAGAAGGGUCUUGACCCAAAACGUCACCCAUUCCUUCUCUCCGUCCAUUCCAUACUGCCUGUCCUGCUGAGUUGCUCCAGUAUUUUGAGUCUAUCUUUACUGUUUCUAUCGUCAGUUUGCCCCUCUCUCCUCUUCCUCCUUUCACCUUCCCUCCCUCUGCUUCCAUCUACCCAACUUCCCAUAGAGUUGUGGAGUCAUACAGAGUGGAAACAGACCCUUCGGCCCAACUUGCCCACUCCGACCAACAUGUCCCAUCUACUCUAGCCCCACCUGGCUGUGUUUGGCCCGUAUCCCUGUCUGAUCCAUGUACAUAUCUAAUCGUUUCUUAAACCUUGCAGCAGUCCCUGCCUCAACUACCUCCUCCAGCAGCUCAUUCCAUACACCCACCACUCUCUGCAUGAAAAAGUUACCCCUCAGAUUCCUAUUAAAUCUAACCCUCCCACCCCCUUAUCUUGGACCUAUGUCCUGUGAUUCUCGAUUCCCCUACUCUGGGCAAGAGACUCUACCCAGGUUUCCAUGGAAUGAAGUAGACAGGUGAUGUUUUGGGUUGAGACCUUUCUUCAGCCUCGCUUGUCCAUUCCUUCCACAGAUGCUGCCUGACCCGCUGACGUUCUCAAGCACGUUGUGUUUUGCUCAGGCUUCCAGCAUCUGCAGUUACUUGCAUCUCCAUGAAAGCUCUUGGGUUGCUGAGUUCAGGAGGAUGAGCUAACUUGGAUAUGCCCAGGCCCCUCAGCCAGGAACCAGGAAGGACAUGCAGAUAAGGGAGGGGGGGAGGAAGAAAUAACAUCUCUAGAUCAGACCCUUCAGUGUGUGUUUGUGGCAGGAGGGAAGGUCCCACACCCACUCCUCAUCUCCGUGCUAUGGAGAUAUUUGAAGGUGAGGUUAAGUUUGAAGAAGGUUCCCAACCCGAAAUGUCACCCAUUCACCAGUCUGAAGAAGGGUCUCGACCCAAGACGUCACCCAUUCCUUCUCUCCAAAGAUGCUGCCGGUCCCGCUGAGUUACUCCAGCAUUUUGUGUCUAUCUACAGUUUAGCUUAGAGAUACAGCACGGAAACAGGCCCUUCGGCCCACUGAGUCCGUGCCGACCAGCGAUCCCCGUACAAUAGCACGAUCCUACACACACUAAGGACAAUUUACAAUUUCACCAAGCCAAUUAACCUGUACGUCUUUGGAGUGUGGGAGGAAACCGGAGCACCCGGGGAAAACCCACACGGUCACGAGAAGGAACGGACAGACUCCAUGCAGGCAGCACCCGUAGUCAGGAUCAAACCCGGGUCUCUGGCGCUGUGAGGCAGCAACUCUAUCGCUGCACCACAAUGACACGAGGUUGGAAUCAAAAUUCUCUUGCGUUUUGAGGGUUAGAACUGCAGAGCCAGUUUGUGAGCCCCAUUCACCCCUUGGUUAUUAGAGUGCAAGAGGCUUAAAUUAAAAGCACCCCCUUUUGUUUUGCUGUAAGCGGGCGUGAGGAGGGUCAGGACUGGGAUCUGUGCACUGAGUUGCCCCAGAUUAUACACGGUGCCCGGCACGAUCCCUGAUAUAUAAACCAGCGCAGUGGCUGUAUCCGUGUGUAGGUUACUCUGCUAAUAUUUACAGGCACACACUCCUCUGCUGAUGCUGUGUUCUAUCCCCUACUAGUGAGCAGUUGUGCUAUCAAUGUUUCCUGCCGAACAUCAAGACCAGAUCUACUCCUCGGUGUCUUUGUAUUAUCCUUUUUACAGAAAUAUCUAUCAAGAGUUUUGUAAUCCACAUAUUGCAAUACAGCAAAAAUGAAUCAGUC